UAAACCAAGGAUUAUUGUUAAUUAAAAUUGUGAAGUAGCGAUCGGCUUUUUGUAUUCUUCACAACUUUCUCUCUUCCGGUUAAUGAGAGUGGGAAGAUUUUUCCCGAUUUCCUUCCCAACGCCCUGCGGAUUCCUGAUUUGAGGAUUUAAGCUGCAUUGGUUCUUGCUGAAUUUAUGGUUCUUUCUUCCCAUAUCUGAAUCUCCACCUCCUUCCUUCCUUCCUUCUCAAUGGAAUUCAUCAUCUCCGAUGAUUUGUUGGGUACUUUUGUCCCCAUUUUCGUUUAUUGGUUAUAUUCUGGCGUAUAUGUGCUUCUCGGUUUCUUUGACAAUUAUCGAUUGCACUCCAAGACAGAGGAGGAUGAGAAGAACUUAGUUUCAAAAUCCACUGUGGUUCGGGGCGUUCUCUUUCAGCAAUUCAUUCAGGCUAUCGUCGCCAUUAUCCUCUUUAAGGUGACUGGAAAUGAAGAUGGGAGCAGUGCAGUUCCAAAAUCCUGGCCAAUGGUUGCUUUGCAAUUUGUAACCGCGAUGUUCGUUCUGGACACGUGGCAGUACUUCGCACACAGAUACAUGCAUCAUAACAAGUUUCUGUACAGACACAUUCAUUCUCAUCACCAUAGGCUUGUUGUUCCAUAUGCAUUUGGGGCAUUGUAUAAUCAUCCUGUGGAAGGUCUCCUGCUUGACAUGGUUGGUGGGGUGUUGUCCUUCCUAGCAUCUGGUAUGACUCCUAGAGUCUCCAUCUUCUUCUUUUCCUUCGCCACUAUUAAGACUGUAGACGAUCACUGUGGAUUAUGGCUGCCUGGUAACCUCUUCCACCUCUUAUUUCGCAACAAUACUGCAUAUCACGACCUCCACCAUCAGCUAUAUGGCAACAAGGUUAACUAUUCACAACCCUUUUUUGUUACAUGGGAUAGAAUACUUGGUACCUAUAUGCCUUACUCCCUGGAGAAGAGAGCAGGCGGCGGCUUUGAAGCACGCCCAAAGAUUGAAUAAAAAUACUCUAAGCAGCUCUCAGUUGCUUAGAUAUAUAUAUAUAUAUAUAUUAUAUUACAUUAUAUUAUUUGUAUCCCACGACCAUAGAAUUUGUAUAUUACUCCUAUUGUUGCCAUUUUUAUCCUUUUCCCUAAAGUAGAUUUGAAACAUGAGUUAAGAUCUUUUAAAAUUUUCUUUUGCCUUUUCAUUUAGCCAGUCAUUGUGA